AUGGAUUUAUUUGUGGGUAUCCAGGAAGAUGUUAAAAAUAAACUUGAAAGGUCUAUGGUUAACUUUAAGAAAUGUCCUAAAGACCGGCUUACAGGUGUUGUAGGGUCGAAAGUUGGUGAGGGUAGUGGUGCUGCAAACCAAGGGUCUGAAACAAAGGUAGUCUCAUGUCUUGCGACAGGAGGCAAUAAAACUAUCUUACUAACUACAGCCUUAGUAAAGGCUGAGUCGAAGAAUGGGACUUACCAUACAGUUAGGGCGUUACUGGAUCAGGGAUCCCAGGGUUCUUUUAUUACAGAGUCUCUGGUUCAGUAUCUAGGGUUGAAGAAAAGAUCUUCGAAAAACAAAGUAUUGGGGGUGGGAGAUAAGGGUACAACAUCAACGGCCGUAGUGGAAAUAAAGCUUCAAUCUAGAAUAAAUCCAUCGUUUCAAAUAAGGGUUAACGCCUACGUUCUUAAGUCGGUAACAUCGCUUCUUCCAUCGGCUAAAGUAGCUAGGGUAGAAUGGGUGGACUUGAACGAAUUUGAAUUGGCUGAUCCGGAAUACUUUACUCCUAAUAAGAUCGAUGUUCUAUUGGGCGCUGAGGUAUACAGUGAAGUCAUUCAGCAAGGUGUUAAAAAGAAUAUAAACGGGACUCUAUUAGCGCAAGAAACCACUUUGGGAUGGAUAUUAUCAGGUGCGUUUGAUGUUGAUCAAGAAAUAAAUUCUCACUCAAAAAUUACCGUGAUGCAUACCAGCGUCCAGGAUGACGAAUUGAGAAAAUUCUGGGAAUUGGAAGAAACACCUGGAACAAAAAGGAUGCUCACGCAGGAGGAAACCAAAUGUGAAGAAUUGUUCACAGCAACGACGACAAGGGAUAAAAAUGGCAGGUACAUAGUGAGAUUGCCAUUACGGGAUACAAAUCUGGUUGGUACGGGCGGCGAAUCCAAAGGGAUAGCUGAAAAAAGACUUAAGGGAUUAGAAGCAAGGUUAGCAAAAAAUAAUAAAUUAAGGGCUGACUACGCAAACGUAAUACAGGAGUAUUUAAGUCUUAACCACAUGGUAGAAGUACCUGAAAGAGAAAAAAAUAAUAAAAAGAGUGUUUACUUACCUCAUCAUGCUGUUGUCCGGGAGGAUAAAGAUACAACCAAGGUGCGUGUUGUAUUUGAUGCAUCAUGUAAGCGUAGCAACGGGAGGUCACUUAAUGAUGACUUGAUGGUUGGUCCGUCAUUGCAAGACGAGCUUCGUCAUAUUAUUAUGCGCUGGAGAACACAUAAGAUUUGUAUAGUGGCUGACAUAGUAAAAAUGUACCGGCAAGUUUUAGUUAAUAGGGAAGAUACUCCAAUGCAACGGAUACUUUGGCGGGAUAGUCCUGAAAGGGAAAUAAAGGAGUAUGAGUUGAUAACCGUUACAUUCGGUACAGCCUCGGCACCAUACUUAGCUGUACGGACUCUUCAACAGGUUGCAGUUGAUGAAUGCGGGGAUAAUCCAGGCAUUGCUAAAAUAAUCAUUAACGAUUUUUAUAUGGAUGAUUUGAUGUCAGGAGCUGAAACUGAAGAAGAUGCUUUUAAAAUUCACACAGAAGUAACCAAAGCACUAGCCAAGGGAGGAUUUGAAUUACAAAAAUGGAAAAGCAAUAGUCAACAAUUAUUGAAUAAAAUUAGAAAUGGGAAUGGUGAAGUGUUACAAAUAAAAAUAGAUGAAGUAACAAAGGUAUUAGGACUUACCUGGAAUCCAAGUGAAGAUUAUUUUCAGUAUUCUUUGAAACUCCCAAUUUUUACUCAACCUAUAACUAAGAGGAAAAUUAUUUCAGAAAUAUCACGUUUAUUUGACCCUCUUGGGUGGUUAGCACCUACUAUCAUUUUAGCAAAGAUAUAUAUUCAGAAAUUGUGGUUGGCUGGUUUAGAAUGGGAUCAAGAAGUUCCAAGCAAUUUAGAAAAAGAAUGGAAUACUUACCAGAAGAAUUUAACAUCUGUAGUCCAAUUGAGAGUACCUCGAUGGAUACACACGGGUUCGAAUAAUGUGAAAACUGAGUUGCAUGGCUUCUCAGACGCAUCGAAGCAAGCAUAUGCUGCUGUUGUUUACCUCAGAGUGAUAGACGAUUUGGGACGUAUUCAUACUUCUCUGAUAACAUCCAAAACUAAAGUAGCUCCUAUUAAACAAAUGUCCAUCCCAAGAUUGGAACUUUGUGGAGCAGUUCUUGUUUGUAAAUUAAUAUCGAAAGUAGGUGAUGUGAUGGGAAUAUCAAAGGAUGAUUGGCAUGUCUGGACGGACAGUGAGGUGGUAUUGGCUUGGUUAAACGGACAUCCAUCUCGUUGGAAAUGCUUUGUAGCCAAUCGAGUAUCAGAAAUUUUAACUACUUUAGAUACCAGUCACUGGGCGCACGUAUCGACAAAUGAAAAUCCAGCAGAUUGUGCAUCGCGUGGUGCUUUUGCGGCUGAGCUUAACGGUAAGUCGAUAUGGUGGGAAGGACCGAGUUUUUUAAAGGAUUCGGUGAUCAAAUACAGCAAACCUAAACAUCUGGCUACGCAUUUGGAAGAAGCUAAGAUAUACGCUCACACGUAUGUGGCCUUCACCUUCUGCCAGAUCGUAGGCGAGGAACUGAUCACUUAA